AUGGAUGGUGUUCGAGGACAGGUUGUUGCUGCCGCAGCCUCAACGCACGAAGAUGGCGGCAAUGGCGGGCUGAGACCAGGAGAGCGCGAACCGAAGGGCGGGGCUGCGUCACUUAACAACAGCCGAGGCGCAGCCGAAAAUCGACAGAUUGGAAAAGCAGCCUCAGGCAUAGAAGCGAGAUAUCAGCACGUUCGGACGCUGGAGGGGCACCAGUCCGCAGUGUCAGGCGUCAAGUUCAAAUCAGACAAUGGGUCUCUUCUCGCAAGCUGUUCAGCUGAUGGAACCAUCAGAAUCUGGGAAACGGAAACUGGCAAGGCGUUGCGGACAAUGCAGGGCCACAAGAAUGGCCUCAACGACGUUUCAUGGAGCAAGGACUGUCAAUAUUUGUGUUCAGCAUCUGACGACAAAACAGCCAAAGUGUGGGCUGCCGAAACUGGACAGGAGCUCAGCACAUUGAAAGGGCAUUCAGGCUAUGUGUUUUCUGUAAAAUUCAACCCUGAGGGCAAUUUGCUGGUGAGCGGCAGUUUCGAUGAGACAGUCCGUAUGUGGGAUGCUCGAACCUCUGAGCUUGUACGAGAGCUGCCAGCCCACUCAGAUCCAGUCACAUCGGUUGACAUCAAUCCAGAUGGCACAGCCCUGGUGUCAUCUUCCUUUGAUGGGCUUGUGAGGAUAUGGGACACAUCAAACGGGAAGUGCUUAAAAACAUUGAUUGUUGACAACAGUGAACCUGUGUCCUUCACAAGAUUCACACCCAAUGGGAAGUUUCUCUUGGUGGCAACACUUGAUGGGAAAAUGCAUUUGAGGGACUAUGAGGCUGACAAGAUAAAGAAGACAUACAAAGGCUACCAAAACCAGCGCCAUUGUUUGGUCCCUGCCAUGUCACACACGCAGGGCAGACAUGGGUAUAGAUGGCUUGUAUCCGGCUCUGAAGACAAUGGCAUCUAUGUGUGGGAGAUAAACAAGAAGAAGCUGUGCCAAAAAAUUGAGGGCCGUGCAACACCGUCGUCGCCAGGAGAAGGCCACUGUGAUGUCGUUUUGUGUGUUGAUACCCAUCCAAAGCAAAUCAUGGUUGCAUCUGGGGCAAAAGAAAGAGAUUGCAGUAUCCGCUUGUGGCGAGAAAAUGGUGAAUAA